UCUGCACUUGAGCCGUGUCCUCUCGUCCUCCUUUCUCUGGCCAGCACUCUCCCCCCACGGACCGGGACCUGGGGACAUUCCAUGAAAAUGACCACCCAGGAGGAGGCUGAGGAGAAGAUUUCCCAGUUUGAUUAUGCCUUGGCCUCAGAAUUGUCCUCUCUCCUGGGCAUAGACGCCAUGGCAUUUAUGAAGGAGAAAGAGGAGGAAGAGCACAGAGACCGUGCGAAAAUGAAGAAAGGCUUCAACUCUCGAAUGCGCAGCGAAGCCAACCGUUUGAGGACCUUUGUAACCUACAAGACCUACAGCUCGUGGACCCCGCAGGACAUGGCAGCAGCUGGCUUUUACUUCACUGGGGUGAAGUCAGGGGUCCAGUGCUUCUGCUGCAGCUUAAUUCUCUUCGGCACCAGCACCAGGAGGGUCCCAGUGGAGAGCCACAAGGAGUUCCGCCCGGGCUGCGGGUUCCUUCUGGGCAGAGAUGUCGGUAACAUCGGCAAGUAUGAUGUGCGGGUCAGGACGCCCGAGAAGGAGCCGAGCGGGGUCCGAGCGAGGUACGGACAGGAGGAGGCCAGGCUCGAGUCCUUCCGGGACUGGCCCUUCUAUGUCCAGGCAGUGUCCCCAAAGGUGCUCGCAGCUGCCGGCUUCAUCUUUACAGGUAAGAGGGACACCGUGCAGUGCUUCUCCUGCGGCGGAUGCUUAGGAAACUGGGAGGAAGGAGACGACCCUUGGCAGGAACACGCCAAGUGGUUUCCCAAAUGUGAAUUUCUUCAAAGUAAGAAGUCCUCAGAGGAAAUUGCCCAGUAUAUUCAAAGCUACCAAGGAUUUGUUGAAGUAACGGGAGAACAUUUUGUGAAUUCCUGGGUCAAAAGAGAAUUACCUAUGGCAUCAGCUUACGACAACGACAGUGUCUUCGCUAAUGAAGAUCUUCGCCAGGACACUUUUAGGAACUGGCCCCGAGAGGCCUCGGCAGUGGCGGCCCUGGUCAAAGCAGGUCUCUUCUACAGAGGGGUCGAGGACCAGGUGCAGUGCUUUUCCUGUGGAGGGUGCAUGAAAAACUGGCAGGAAGGGGACGACCCCUUAGCAGAUCACACCAAAUACUUCCCCAGUUGUCCAUUUCUCCAAAAUAUGAAGUCCUCGGCAGAAGUAAUUCCAGACCUCCAGGACUGUGGCAAACUCCCUGAAAUAAUGGAAACCACAAGUGAAAGCAAGCUUGAAGAGCCCACAGCAGUUAGUUCUUUAACACCAGAUGCGGCACCGGGGGAGGCCCCAUGGUGUCGAGAGGCAAAGAGUCUGAGUGAGCUGCUGAGAAGCGCCUACACCAGCGCCCGUUUCCGCCACUUGUCGCUGCUUGAGAGCCCUUCGGGCCUCCCCUCUGACCACCUGCUGGGCUGUGACCUGGCCCUCACUGCCAAGCGCGCCAGCAGUCCUGUGCAGGAGCCCCUGACGCUGCCCGAGGUCUUGGCCAACUUGAACUCUGUCAUGAGUGUGGAGGGUGAAGCUGGCAGCGGGAAGACGGUCCUGCUGAAAAAGAUUGCCUUUCUCUGGGCAUCGGGGUGCUGUCCCCUGUUGCACAGGUUCCAGCUGGUCUUCUACCUGUCCCUCAGUUCCAUCAGCCCGGACGAAGGGCUGGCCCACAUCAUCUGUGACCAACUCCUAGCAGCAGGAGGAACUGUGAGUGAAAUGAGCCUGAGGAGCAUGACCCGGCAGCUGGGGAACCGGGUCUUAUUCCUGCUGGAUGACUACAGAGCAAGGGGCUCAGUCCCCCGCGUCAUGGAAACCCUGAUCCACAGAAGCCACUUGUCACGGACCUGCCGAUUAAUUGCUGUCCGUACAAACAGAGGCAGGGACAUCCGCCGACAUGUAGAUACAGUUCUGGAGAUCGGGGUGUUCCCCUUUUACAACACUUUCUCUAUAUUACGGCGGCUUUUUCCACACGACCAGCCCCGGCUGCGGAAGCUCCUGGUGCAUUUUGGGAAGAACCCGCAACUGCAGGGAAUUCACAAAACGCCUCUCUUUGUGGCGGCGACCUGCGCUUACUGGUUCCAGUACCCUUCCGCUCAGUCUUUUGACCAUCUGGCUGUAUUCAAGGCCUAUAUGGAAUGCCUUUUCUUAAAGCACAAAACUUCGGCUGAGCUUUUCAGAGGAACUGUGGCCUCCUGUGGGGAGCUGGCCCUGAAAGGGUUUUUUUCAUCUCGUUUUGAGUUUAGUGGCGAUGAGCUCGCAGAAGCAGGAGUUGAUGAGGAUGAGGAUCUCACCAUGUGCUUGAUGAGCAGGUUCACAGCCCAGAGACUGAGACCAGUCUAUCAGUUUUUAAGUCCUGCAUUUCAAGAGUUUCUUGCUGGGAAGAGGCUGAGUGAACUGCUGGAUUCAGACAAGCAGGAAGAUCAAGAUUUGGGACUUUAUUAUUUGAAACAAAUUAACUCACCCCUGCUGGCUGGAAGCUCCUAUCGUAAUUUUUUAAAGCAUGUCUCCAGCUACUCUUCAACAAAGGUGGGGCCAAAGGUAGUAUCUCAUUUGCUUCAUUUGGCGGAUAGUAGGGAGUCACUGGAAAACCCACCCGGAAGCGGUGGCUGCCCCCAGCGUGAAGAGGAGAUGCCGCCCUAUGCCCAGGCGUUCAGACUGCUGUGGCAGAUGUGGCCAGAGCACUGCUUUCCGCUGCUAGCAGAGCAUUUAUUGGAUUUUUCCCUAAGGGUUGCUUAUGAAAGCAAUACUGUUGCUACAUGUGCUCCAUUUAUUUCGAAGUUCCUUCAAGGGAGAUCCCUACCUUGGGGGCUCCUUAGCUCACAGUACUUCUUUGACCACCCAGAAAGCCUCCAGGUGCUGAGGAGUGUCACGGUCUCGCUAACAGGCAGCAACCCGAGCCCCAGACUCUUACACAGUGAAAUCCUGGGAGGCUGUUUCGACAGGUCCCAGACGCCGACAGUAGAUCAGGACUACGCGUCUGCCUUUGAAUCUCUCAACGAGUGGGAGCAGGAUAUGGUGGAGAAGGAGGAGAACAUCAAGAGAUACCACAAGCUCCAGGCCCAGCGGACGCCAGACCUCAGCCGCGGCUACUGGCAGCUCCGGCCCCCGCCACACAAGCUCCCGCUGCUGCAGGUGCGCGUUACCCACCAGAGCGCGGCCGGGCCGGAGCUGCUUGCGGCGCUCGCGGCCGUCUUCGCCGCCUCCCAGCGCAUCGAGCUCCACGUGGAAGAGAGCGCGGGCUUCCUGGAGAGCGUCCGGCCCGCGCUGCAGCCCAGCAGGGCCGCCGUCGCCAAGUGCGCCCUGCGCGGCGUCCCGCUCAGCGCCGCGGAACAGGAGCUGCUGCUCGCCCUGCCCGCCCUGGAGGCUCUCGACGUCUCAGGCGCGGGCCAGGUCCCAGACCAAAUCUUCCCUAACCUGGACAAGUUCCCAUGCCUGAGAGAACUGUCUGUGAAUCUGGACAGUGGACCGGAUGUCUUUUCUCUCCUUCCUGAGGAAUUCCCCAACCUCCACCACAUGGAGAAAUUACUGAUCCAAAUUUUGGAUGGGUGUGAUGCUUCCAAACUAGUCAAAUUGAUUCAGAACUCUCCAGACCUGCGUGUUUUCCGUCUGAAUUGCUGUGCCUUUUCUGAUUUUGAGUCUCUCAUGACUGCACUGGCUUCCUGCAAGAAACUCAAUGAAAUUACAUUUUGUGGACCCUUUUUUGAUGCCAUCCCAUUUGUCACUAUUUUGCCAAGUUUUACUUUUCUGAAGAUAUUAAAUCUGAAAGACCAACAAUUUCCUAAGGAGACAGCUGAAAAAUUUGCCGGCGCCCUGGGCUGUCUCACGGACCUGGAGGAGCUGGUGCUUCCGACUGGGGACGAGAUUUAUCAAGUGGCAAAGCGGAUCAUCCAACAGUGCCAGCGGCUUCUGCGCCUCCGCGUGCUGUCCUUCUUACAGAUUCUGAGCGACGACAGCCUGGCGGAAAUAGCCAAGGUAUCAAUCAGUGGAGGUUUCCAGAAACUUGAGGACCUAAAUCUUUCAAUCAAUCACAAGAUUACACAAGAUGGAUACAGGAAUUUCUUUCAGGCCCUGGACAGCCUGCCCAACUUGAGAGAACUGAAUAUCUCCAGACACUUCACAGAGUGUAUCACAGCUCAGGCCAGCACAGUCAAGGCCCUCGGCCAGUGUGUGUCCCGCCUGCCCAGCCUGGUCCUGCUCACCAUGCUAGGUUGGCUCCUGGAUGCAGAAGAUGUCACGCUGCUUGAUGCUGUGAAAGAAAGACACCCUCAAUCUAAGCGCUUGCAGAUUUUCUGGAAAUGGAGAUUGCCAUUCUCUCCAAUCAUUCAGAAAUGAAACCUUUAGGCUGGGUAUGCUGGUGCACCCCAGCACUCCAGACCUGAGGCAGAGGAUUAUGAGUUCAAGGGCACCACUGGCAUAGUGACAACUUGUCUCAAAAAAAAAAA